CUCAUUCGGGUUCCUGCGCGGCUCGCCCUGGGGGCGUUCUUUAGCUCCCGUCGGGGACACAGGUACUUUCCCUAGGUCGGGAGUGAGCAGACCGGAAGAGAAGAGAGAUGCGAGAGAGAGGCGCGAGCCCCUAGGCUUGAGGGGUGUGGCGGGGCGGGGCAGGGAUGGGGAGAUCGCGGCGGAGCAGCGAAGAGAAUCCUCCUACCAGCCAGCUAGAGCAGGCGGAAUCCUCCAAGCAACAGAAGAACUUGGAGUGGGACUACGAAGCUAAGCCCUCCUACAAUUCCAAGGACCGUUUCUCCAGUGUGACACUCUAUCAGUAUGACAGUGAUUUGGGCACUGAGGACUGGUUCCAGUCCAUGGAACAGAAACCCUUUGGACACUACUCUUUUUAUUCAGAGGAUGUUGUAAACUCUGAUAUUCCCCAGAUAGUUCCUUGUACAAUCACCAUCUGCUUGGCUCUGCCAGAUGUCUUUGGGAUCAAAGGAAAGCAUGCACAUGAAAUGUUAAAACGAUUAAAAUCUGACAAAAUUACAAAAUUGCGACGGUUCUAUCAUAUAGAAUAUUUGCUCUUACCUGAUGACACAGAACCCAAACAAGUUGACAUAGUAUUAUUUAGCACAUUAACAGUUAAAUUGUUCAUGGAAUCUGGAAUGAAGGUUCUGAUUCCUUGGUGGGACAAUGAUAAAUUGUGGGUGGCUUGGAAAGAAACUCAUAAGAUGUCAAUUACAAAGGAAGUGUUAAAGAAACUAAACUAUCAUAAAAUCACUCUUGCUAUAUGGGACACCAAGGAUCGAGUGUCUAAAAAAGCAAAGUUUACUAAAGCAAAAAGUUAUAGUCGCCAGGAUGAUAUAGAAAGUAUUGAUGGAGUGAAAGAAUUAGUUUUACGUCAGAGAGUACUUUUUGAAGAGAAAUUGCCAAAACCCAGUGUUGUUAAAACAAAAAGUGGGAUCAAAAAAGUUGAACCUUAUGUACCUCCUGCCACUUCUGAAACAGCUCGAGACUCCUAUUACAAAACUGAUGCUGAAUUUGAGAAGGCUUUGAAAGGAGACGAUUUUGUUGCUCAGUGGGAUGUGUCAAGAGGAUCAGCAUUCACUAUAGAAAAACAAUCUGAGACCAAAGAAAUACUCAAACAACUGAAUCAGCGCAGCUCAUCCUUGAUUACGGAAAAUGUCAAGAUGCAAAGAAAGGAUAUAUCAAGAAAACUUUCAAUGAAAAAAAAGAGGAAAUUUAGAACAAACGAGGACGACUCAGAAUCAACACUGGCUAAGAAACAAAGUAUCUUCUUUAUGGAGCUGAGUGCUAUGCCUCUUCUUGCUGGACAGAAAACUAUAGUGAGUCAUGCUGAAGACAUGAACUCCAAAAUUUUGGAUUGCUUUUUGAGUAUUACACUAAAUGCUCCACUUAUGACUGAGAAACAGAAGCAGGAUUUAAACCCUUUGAUUAUAAAGAUCAAAUCACUUGCUUACCUUCCAACAGGUCCUGUGACUCCUGAACAGCUGCAGAAAAUGUGCAUUCCAGUAUACUGUAAAUACAAGUUUCAUGACACUCCCGUUCACCAAACUCAAGGACAACCCUAUGGAACACAUAUCUAUUUUGAUGAUAUCAAUGUAAUCCUCAUAGGGGCACUGGACUCUAGAAAUCUGCGUGAAUACCUGGAAGGACCACCAAUGGAAAUUGAAAUUCAUGAUCGAGAUAGAAAAGAGGACAUAUAUUUAGUUGAACCUUCUCUGUUUGGGGAAGAUUCAGCAGAUGCAAAUUUGACCAAUAUGAGUCAUAUUACUUACAUGGCUGAAAACCCAUUUGAAACCAUUAACAAAAAGUGGGAUCCUUAUGGGAUUGCUAAGGUCAGUUUUGCUGAUCUGCUGCUUGGCCAAAAGUUGAUGGACUUAUUUGUGCCCAUUCACAAAUGUAAAGCUGAUUCCUCUUACUUCCAAAAGGAUAGCAGAAGAUAUAAGAAAAGCUUUGGUGGUCACGAUCCAAUGGAUACUCUGCAGACUUUUCCAGUACCCAUGGGCAAAUACUUGGACUACUCCUCAAUGCUUAGAUUGAGGAUAGAAUUAUGUGUGCCCCUGAGGUUGGAUGCAGGGGUAGAUGUGGGCGAAAUUUCAAGUGAACGAUAUGCACGCAUAAUUUAUAUAUUUGAUCCUUCAAAAACUGACUUCAAGAGGGCUCUCCUGAACGGCAUUACGGAAAUCAAUGCCAAAGCUCUCCACUUGGAAUCUUAUCCUUCUGAUGAUAUUCAAGAGGCUCUUUCAGCCUUUAAGGUGAAAGUUAAAAUACAGGCAAAGCUAGACCAAGAUGUGAUCACUGGAUUCCAUUUGUUUGAUGGACAAAUUCACCUCUUUAUUUUAGAAGGACUGGCACAGCAAGGACUGAGGAAGUUAUGGGAACAAUUUCCAAAUCGUGCACCAGAUUCAGAAGGAAUAUUUCAAGUACUUUAUAACUCGGACUUAACAUUUCAUGAACGUCUCUACUCGGAUCUGGAUGCAGUGAUAUACCAUAUUCAUCUCUGCAAACCUCUUUCAUCUUUAGUGAGACAGUCGGUGAUUUAUGUCAGAGGACUAAUUCCUCAACCAUCCUUUCAGGCCCUGAUAAAGCUUGACACCAUCUGUCAUAGCAAGAAACUCAAGGAUGUUAUAGAAAGAGAUUUGUUGCCUUCAGCAGACAUGGUAAAAUGCAUGAGCGAAGAAUUCGGGGUUCCUAUUAGUAGAUCAGAGUUAUUAACUCCAGCCCCAGUGAAGAAAUUGCCAUCUGUUUUAAAGAUAGAAAGACCAGAAAGAAAAGUAUACAGUUUUCACUCCCUAAUCAAAUUACAUCAAGAAAAGUAUCUACAAUGGAAAAGGGACAUGGAGACAAAAAGGGCCAUUGCACCAUCCUACAUUCAGAAAAACUUUUUUAAAGCAGCUCUAUCUAGAAAGAUCUCCCAGCGACCUAAAGUGAAAACAAUCAGAUUUCUUCCUGCUGAUGGGAAAUCCAUACAUAACUACAGCACUCAUAAGUUCAAUUCAGGGGAGCUGGCAAAGCAGCAGUUGGUUGCUCAGAUGGACAAGGAACGAGAAAAAAGGUUCACUUACUCUAAAGAAUACCUUGGAUCCUUUCCAGAACCUGUGGGCCUGACCCGUAAGAAACCCAAAUCUAAGUUCUGGCUUACUCCAGAAGGAUUUCAAGUCCCUGGAUAUCAGACUAGUUAUGAAAGUAAUCAACAUCCCAAGAAACCAGAUCCAAGUCGGAUAGAAGAAUUAAAAGAGCCAUGGCAAGAGAAUAGUUUGUUUGUUUAUAUCCUAAAGCCUUUCCUUGUUAGGGAGAGGAUGAAGUGGGAACAGCGGCAUUUGGAUUUUGACCUUUACAAGAAACCACCUUCUACUCUACUUCUUCCUGUGGAAAAAUUUUCUGCAACAGACACAGCAAGAACCAGAAGCUUGAAGCCAAAGGCUAGCUCACUCUUCUCCACCGGAGGGGCUCUGCAUCCUGACUGGGGUCCUGGGUCGGCAGGAGGGGAUGGACGCUGCCUUGUGUUGGGGCAGAGGGAAGAUGCCCAGAAGCCCAAAACUUCCUUUCUUCAGGGGAGGCUCCCAGAGGAAGAUGGAGUUAGGAGGCAGAAGGCAUACCUGGCUCCUCCUCUCAAAUUUAGAGGCCGGCAAUGGAAGGCAGCAGCAAGUGAUAGAAGGGCCUUUCACAUUUCCUGGGACCCUUUCUUGUCAUAAGUGUCUGUGAUCCUAAAUUCACCCAUAAGAUGAUAGGAUUUUGAGUUGGCAGCCACCUUAGUCAAGCCUUAUUCUAUAGAUGAAUAAAGAGUUAUAAA